AUGCCGCCAUCUACUAGUCGGUCACAGCGCACCAGGCGCGACUCUCGCAAAGAUCUAGCAGCGCCACCGAUGGAAGAAGAUUCUUCACCGAGCCGUCCUGCUAAACGUCGCAAGAAGGUUCCGCAGAAUGAGGCACCUGAUGAUGAUCAGCUCGUCUCGCAAAUAACCCAGCAACUUCGAACAGGUGAUCCGCCGGUACAAGCAAGCAAAGAUCAUGCCAAUUCUAUCCACGAGGCGAAUCCCGACGGUGUCAAGGCAUACGCCAAGGUCGCUGCACACGACUGGACAUACUACAUUACCAAGCUCGCCGUCAAUAUUGGCCGUGCUCCGGACGGGAAUGCGGGUGGAGGAAAUCCGGGGUCCAGCAGGGCUGGCAAUGAAACUGAGGAAGAUUACGAUAAGGACCAGGUACAUAUUGACUUGAGUCCUGGGAAGAUCGUGUCCCGAAAUCACGCUGUGAUUUUUUUCGACUCAAAGGAAGAGCGAUGGCUACUGGAAGUCAAGGGUCGGAAUGGCGUUAAGAUCGACGGCGAGCCACACAAACCACAGGAUAAGCCCCAUUUCUUGUCGAGCGGGGAGGUUUUGGAGAUCGGGAAUGUCGAGAUGAUGUUUGUUUUACCCUCUGAGAUCAGCCCGCUGCAUAUUCACCCCAAAUAUCUGGAACGAUGUGGCCUCAACGUUGCAGACACACCGCAGGCACGCCAGCCACGACCACUGGCUCCUGCGCAGUUGGAACUUAAGCGUCCAGGCACCCCUCCGCAAUCAACGCAGUUGUUGAAUGCCACUUCCGCUACCAAGUCGCCAGCUGUCAGCACUCCAGCUCCAGUCAUGGUGGGCGCAAAUGGCGUCGAUCUUGGCAAUGACGAGAAUCAGCAUAUCAAGCCCCAGUACAGCUAUGCGCAGAUGAUUACUCAGGCUAUUCUCAAUGCUCCUGGGGGAAAGCUCACGCUGAGCGGCAUUUACGAGUUUAUCAUGACAAGGUACUCGUAUUACCGGCAUCAACAAGCUGCGGGUUGGCAGAAUUCAAUCCGCCAUAAUCUGUCUUUGAAUAAGGCAUUUGACAAAGUAGCCAGGUCUACGACCGAGCCAGGGAAAGGCAUGAAAUGGCAGAUUGUCCCUGAAGCCAAGGAAGAAAUGGUCAAGAAUGCAUGGCGCAUCGGCCGAGGCGGCCAUCGGGGUUCUUCUGCCCCUUCUUCACCGAAUCAGCUUAACUAUAUUACGCAGGGCCCUCGAGAUAUGGCGGCACGAGGCUCUCCAUCGGUGAGAAAGCGACGCGGCUCUCUCCUAGUCUCUCCGUCCCCAGGUUCAUCAUUGGCCAUGACACAGUCGACGCCAGACAGGCCUACAGAACGAGCCCAAGGGAGAACUCUGACUGCCGACGGUAGUCCCCUUCCCAGGUCAAAGAAAUCCGCAGUAGCGGAUCCUCCAGUGUCCAGCUUCCAACUCCAAUCACCAACUUUGACCUCUUCAUAUCUACAAGAGGACGGCGCUUCAUUCGUCACACCUGCUCCACCUCGUGUUCACCCUAAACUGGCACCGCCUAGUACUGCCCAACGACCAAGUCAACAUAUGCCAACGAGCUCACCAGCACCGUUCUGGAAAUAUGCUGAUAUUGGAAGUACUCCCCUCAAGCCGCUUGGUGGUUACGAGAUGAGCCCCUCCAAGACUGUGCUCGGAGUCCCCCCGCCAAGUAGUAGCCCUCCUCAAGCCAACAAGUCUCCACCGAGCAGCCCGACACGUUUUCAAGGAGGGAAUAGCAAACCGGAAGUUGCGCCUAUCGAAGAGGAGGAAGAAGAUGAUGAGGAAGAACAAGGGUUUGAUCUCACAAAGGGUUUUCAAAGUAUUGGGGCAUAUCAUGCACCAGUCGGGAGAGGAGUGUCAGUGGCCAAUGCACUGAUGAAGGGGAGGACAUGA